GUAAAGCAACAACAACAAGAAGAAGAAGAAAUACCGUGUCACGUGACCCCGUGUUGAUGGAAAUGAUUCAGGAAUGGCGAGAAACGAAGAGAAGCAGUGUGGCAGACUCAACAGACUGUGGCUCCAGAAAGAGAGAGAGGAGGGUCGCAUUAAAGAUGUCCACGUGUCAAGGCCAAAGCUUGCAACGUUAAACUCAGUGGCAGCAGUGAAGAAGUGGAUGCCGAGCAUCAAGAAGGAGAUAGAGUACUGUCUGCAGCAGUCGCAGUUAUCUCACUACCCAGAGAGGAAGAUAGAUGAGUUCCGUCAGCAUAUUGAGGAACUGGAGACCGAAUACAAACGUUACCUGAAGAAACUACGCUCCCUGGACCCUACCUGCAAACACAAGCCUUGGGAACCUCGAGCAUAUGCCAAGAGGAGGCAGGAUCCAGGCAGCAAUCAAAACACCUCUAAAAAACUGUGCCUCCACAGCCCAAGCGGCCCCAGCAGAGAAGAAGAGGAUGUUAAUGAGGACACCAACCCAGAGGAAGCAGGAAACCGCACAUCUCACAGUAAUAUACAAGAACUACCCACCCCAUCAGCUCCUGCUACCACCAGAGCCUCAGACCUCCCAGACCAGGACCACCCGUUGUGCUUCGAUCAGUCCCGACUUGCUGUGGCGGUGGCCAGUUCACGUGUGGCUCUCGCCGGGCAGCAGCAGGACACGGGUACACUGACACGAGUGCUACUCACCGGCCUGCCCAACCUCCACAGCCUCCCGCUAGCACAGACAGCAGCAAAAGAAGCUACACGUCAGCCAUCCAGUGCUGAAACAGCCCAGAGUAAAAGUGAACAUUUACUGGGACUCGGCUGCUACUCGUCGUCCUCAGAUGAAGAGAUAUAGUUGAGUGAAAUGCAUUUAGACUUCAGUUUGUGAAAUUAUUAAAUAUCAUUAUGCUCAUUAGCUGAUGAAACAUUCCUUAUAGUUUUUUUUUAUUAUUAUUAUGUUUUCCGUGAAAUACAUGGUUCUGCACAUUUAAAGGGACAGUUCAUCCAAAAAUGUAAAUUGUCAUCAUUUACUCACCCUCGUGUCGUUCCAAACCCAUAAGACUUUAGAUAAUCUUCGAAAACACUAAUGAGGAUAUUUUUAAUGAAAUCUGAAAGGUUUCUGUCCCUCCAUUGAAAAUCCAGGUAACCAAAACUGGAAUCGACCGGCUUAAUUCAAGUCUUUUUAUUGUUGGAACAGAUUUAUUUGCACACACAAGAACCAGUGAGGUUUGUUUUAGCAUGUGACACACAAAAGUCC